CUUUUCUUCAUUUCAGCCCCGGCACUCGACACAUUACAAGGGGCGCUUGCAUGCCCAACAGUCAGCAAGACUCCUCUGGGCAAGCAGCCUCACAGCACAAGGUAAAGCCCUGUAGCGAGUGCUCACGGCUGAAGCUAAAGUGCAGCAGAGCUCCUUGGCCUUGCCACUCCUGCCGCCAGCGCAACCUCUCCCACCUCUGUCCCGACGGACAACUCUCCACAAGGCCGUACAAGAAGCGAAAAGCUGCAGGUCAGCCUCGACAGCCUCAGGACAUCACUCGUCCUGCGCCGGAACCUGUAUGGGCAGCUGCCGGCGUUUCCGACUCCCACUCCCCGGAUGACGGCAUCGAAGCAGAGACAAAUGGCGAAGCUACCGCGUCUGGCUCCUCUCUUCGACCGUCUUUAGCGCAUGACAGCUUGGAGCGUGCUCGAAGCCUACAUCGCCAUCAGCAGCACGAUGAGGACCGAUCUCAAUCUCGUAGUCGAGUCGCUCUGCCCUCUCGCUCUCACCUCACGUCCCCUCAAGCACAAGGUUCUACCGGGAUCCUCUUCUUGGCCGAUCAAGCCCUCGGUCGUCCCCAUGCCGACCGGUGGAGCUCUAGUCAACAGUCCCUUCUGCCAUCAGCUCCCACUUCGGCACAUCGCUCUGCGUCUCUUGCCCAUGCCAAGUCUGCCUCGCCUCCCAGCCGGUCCCUCACCGGCAAUUCCUCUGCUCAUAUACACACUGGCUCCAAGCCUGCCACCCAAGAUGCCAAUCCUGCAGCGACGGACACCUCAAUUCCAUCUUCACGUAGAGCAAGCGUUGAUGCUGGCUUGCUGAUAGAGAACGCACAAGGCAGCUACAGCUUCUAUGGACCUCAAUCUCACAGCUACAAUCUUGCACAGCUUUUUGCUGGUCGAGCGAGUCCAUCCUUGGCGCUGCCGCCUCUACGUGGCCUCAAUGGAGAUGCGUCCCAAAUGACAGCAGCUCGUGGAGAGCUUUCUCCUGCGUCACACAUGAAGCGACCGUCCUUCAGUCCCGAAGGCAGCCAAGCCUCAUCGUCUCAAAGGGGCGGGAUGUCAGGCAGCGCCAAGAGAGCUUGUCGAGAGCAGAUCCUCAGAGAACCUGCAUCUUUUCUUGUAUUCCCUGGGAUGCCAUCGCCUUAUGGAUCUGAUGUCAUCGUUCAGCAGCUUGGUGCAAGUUUGCCUGGCUUGCGAGACGCCAGAAGGGCCUUUGAGAUCUAUCGAAAGAAUGCAGCUUGGCUCUACGAUCCCUUGCCCUCGCUAGCUUCACUUUGGCAGGAAUUCUACGGAGGUACCGAAACCCCAGGGAGCCGCCGUCCUCUUCGACUUGCUCUUCUCUACAGUGUGCUUUGCGUCGGUACACUCUUUGAUGUCGGUCACUCUCCGUUGCGGCAGGCAGAGCUCAAUAGAACAUGCGACCUGUACUACCAGCAUUCCUGGGCUGCGUGUGCUUUAGCCAACCUCUCAGAUUCCCCUUGUCUCGAGCAGGUACAAACGAUGCAAAUUCUGGGCCAGUACCUCUGCAAUCGCGCAAAUGGCUCGAAAGCCGACAGCUUCUUUCCUCUGGUGGGAAUGGCAAUGAGGACCGCAGUGACUCUAGGUCUUCAUCGAGGGUCGGCCCUGCGGGGUUGUCAGCUCUCUGACGAGGAAUUGCAAAGCCGGCAUCAAGCCUUUUGGGAGCUCUACUGCCACGAUGCCUUCCGGUCGUUGGCCUACGGCCGCCCAUGCAGUGUACAAGACCAGCACUGCGACACGCCCUUCCCCACUCGUGGCCUUGCCAAGACGAGCUUGACCAAUACGUUUCACGAGAUCAAGUACGAGACUGCGCGAAUCCUCAAUCGCAUUCUUGACCUAGGGCAGCGUACUGAUUCGCCCGCAUACUCUGAUGUCCUAGCUCUGGAUCGCUCACUGAGACGACUUUGGGGUCGAUUGCCGACGCGAUUCCGGUCCACCGCUGGUAGAGCUUCUCUCGAGGCGGUCCAGGAUGCAGAAGACAGCAGCGAGUCGUACGACUUCCUUCACAAGCAGGCGGCUGAAAGCGACGUCCAAGUCUUCCUGCAGGGCAACACGGCCAUCGCCAACAUCAGUCAGUCUCUCCUACACCUCCACCGGCCAUGGUUUGUUCGUGCUCUGAGGAGCAAAAAGUCAAAUGAUCGCAGUAGAGAGUCCGACAUCCUCGAUUCUCCCUAUGCGCGUUCGGUAGUAGCAGUCUCAGAGUCAAGUCGCUCCCUCAUCGAUGUGGCGCAGUCGGUGCUAGAGUCGACGCCUACUUUGAGCAAGGCAAUGAACUUCUUCUGGCACCACUGCUUCAACGCCGCUGUCUGCCAGUGUCUCCACACCCUUCAAGAGCCUUCCAGCGUGAGCGCUCUCGGCGCUUGGGACGACGUGAGGAGAGCAAUUUCGAUCUUGAGACGAGCACGACCCGAUCGGAGCGACGUUGUAUGGGCUGGCAAGCUUGAGCUACUGGAAGCGCUGCAGAUGAAGACGGAAGAGCGCUUGACGAGUACGACGCAUGAUGGUCGGACUACUGAUAAGGUAGACUCGCGUGAAGCAUCGGUUGCAGAGCAUCACCUACCGCUCGUUGGAGGAGGUAGUACCCUCAGUGGAGGCAGUCGAAAGAAGGCAGCUCAAGCGAGAGGCGCAGCAGCUGGACGUAAAGGUGUCGAGGCUGUCAAGAACCCCACGCUUCACGCAGGUACGCAAGGAAACAACAGCUCCAGCUACGACGAUACCCACUCAGCCACUGCUCCGUCCAUCUCUCCACUCACGGAGCACGCGGCCCUGCACAGCGGCACCUCGCCCAUGAGCAUCACCACCGCGACUUCACACGCCGACGAGUGGCUCAACAAUCUCUCUGAUGAUCUAGCUGGUUUCCUCACUGGAAGACAACGGCAGCAGCAGCAGCAGCAGCGAGCGGAGGGGCUGCACCAGAUGGAAAGUGCUUCGCAUACUGCUACCAAUCUAGAUAUUGCUGGAUGGCAACAGGGCAACGAAUGGAACAAUGCUGGCGGGAGUGUAGGAGAGAUGAGUAGUACUACCGCUACUGCUCCGUCUUCUCAGCUAGAUCAGGCCCUCCCAUCACAGCAGCAGCAGCAACAGCAGCAGCAGCAGCAGCAAGCCCUCCUUCCUCCAUCCCAAGCAGCAACAGCAGCAGCAGCAGCAGCAGCAGCAGCAGCAGCAGCGGCAACGGCUCAAACUCCCUCGGCGGUCAUUGAGCCAUCCCAAAGUUGGAAUACGCUCCUGGCGGAUUUACUCCAAGUGGGAUGCGAACCUGAUACGAAUUUCUGGGCGGCAAUUGCGAGGGAUGGGAGAUGAGGAUGAGGAUAAGAGGGGGACAGGGGGGAGGGGAGAGGGGAGUGUAGUGCGACGAUGACGGUAUCAGGACGGAGGGCGAGUGGUGGAGAGAAAGGGAAAGUGAGGUACUUUGGCUAAGCUAGGGUGAUCGUGCUGAAAGAGUGGAGUACAGAACACGUCGUACAAGCUGGAAUCAAACGGAAACGGAAUAGAAGUUGUAUUAUACAUGAUCAUUCUCUGUACUGCACUCCACUGCACAUUGGCAAUCGCCCCCUCUUGUCUCGUCUUGUCUCGUCUCGUCUUAUCUCAUCUCAUUUCAUCUCACUGACAACGGAGGCUCCACCCCGGGCACUGCACCCCACUCGAAUUGGUCCAAUC